AAACCCAAAAUCAAGAAAAUAGUGGAAGUGAAGAAGAGAAAACUUCAUUUCUGGACAUUAUUCAUGCUUUGAUGGCUAAAAGAAACAAGGUGUCCAGUUCAAAACUACAAAGUGAAGUUCUUAUAAAACUUGCAAGAAGAGAUAAAGGCUUUAUUUCAGUUAUCUUGGACUCUGAAGUUCUUGAUUGUCUUAUCUGUUUUAAACCCUUCAUCAUUCCUAUCUUUCAGUGCACGAAUGGACACGCUGCUUGCUCUUCAUGCUGCAGUAAACUUGCACAUUUAUGUCCUUCCUGCUCGUUGCCUAUUGGUUAUAUUCAUUGCCUGGCCAUUGAGAAGGUCCUUGAAUCAGCCAAAACAUCAUGCCAAAAUAUGAAGUAUGGGUGCAAAGAAACUGUCAAUUACAGCAAGAAGUGUGACCAUGAGAAGAGCUGCAUCUAUGCAACGUGCUCCUGCCCAGUGCCAGGCUGCAGCUUUGUCAGCUCAUCAAAGCAGUUAUUCUCACAUUUAAGCAGCAUACAUGUAGGUGAUGUGAAACACCUUGAGUAUGAUUGCAAAAUCCCCGUUUCCUUUACCGCGAGUAAGAAAUUUGUUGUUCUCCAAGAAAAGAAAGAAGGCGUUGUAUUCAUCCUGAACAAUGCUUUGCAAAUCAUGGGGAAUGUGAUCAUGGUUAGUUGCAUAGGGCCCUUAUCCAAGGGAGGAUACUUCUAUGAACUUUCAGCAAACAGUAAAGGAAACAGUCUCAUUUUUCGAUCUUUUACACCUUGCUUUCGGAGCAGGGUUGAUAACCCUCCUUCAGUGAGGUUCCUCCUAGUUCCAGGUGGUUUUUUUGGUUCUGGGGGGGAGGUUACCUUGGAUCUCUGCAUAUGGCGUAAAGAUGCAUACUCCUCCCAUCACCCAAAGCAGUAAUGGUUGAGCAUUAAAAUAAAUUGGCAAAAUUAUUAUAU